AUGAACUUAUUCCAAGCCUUCAUCGUAGCCUUCGGGCUCGUAGUUGGCUGUGUCUCUUACGAGCACUCUCCAAGUAAUGCCACUCACCCCUGGAGUGAGCGCAUUGACUUUCCUCUCAUCCCCGUUGCUGUUUCAAUGAUCCCCCAAACCGGAGAUCUGGUCAUCUGGUCCGCUUACAAGAACGAAUCCUUUGGGGUCGAUGCAUCUGGUGUUACUCAAACAGCCAUUUACAACCUCACCAACGGCACAGUUGCCCAUUACUCUGUUGAUCAUACCGAGCACGACAUGUUCUGUCCUGGAAUCAGUUUGGACUUUAAGGGCCGUAUCAUUGUCUCCGGGGGCGACACCGAAGAAAAGACAAGUAUCUUUGAUGGGGAGUCUUGGAAACCUGCUGCUGAUAUGAAAAUACCACGCGGCUAUCAGGCAUCUACAACCAUAACCGAUGGACGUAUCUUUACUAUCGGUGGAUCUUUCAGCGGCGGAAUUGGAGGCAAGGAUGGUGAAAUCUACGACCUCGAGGCCGACGAGUGGACAUUGUUGCCUGGAUGUUCUGCCGAACCGAUGCUGACCAAAGAUGCCGGCGGUCUAUAUCGCUCUGACAAUCACGCCUGGCUUUUUGCUUGGUCCAAUGGCUCUGUGCUCCAAGCUGGACCUAGCCCCAGAAUGCACUGGUUCGACACUCGGGGAAACGGAUCGAUGACUUUUGCGGGAACUCGAGCGAAUGACAGCGACGCCAUGACCGGCAUGGCCGUCAUUAUCGCUACAUCCAACGCCCACCUUAUCACAGUACGCAAGCCUGGAGAGCCUGUGAACGUUGAAGCGCUUGACAACAUGCACUCUGCUCGCGCAUUCGCCAACGCAGUUAUUUUACCUGAUGGAAAAGUCUUCAUCGUCGGCGGUCAAUCGCAUCCCAUUGUCUUCACCGAUGAGAAUGCCAGCAUGAUUCCGGAGAUGUGGGAUCCCAAAACGAAGAAAUUCACUGAACUGCCGGAACUCCCCACACCACGGAACUAUCACUCCAGCGCACUUCUUCUACCCAAUGCUACAGUAUUUGUAGGCGGCGGUGGCCUAUGUCCGUGGAAGUGCGACGCCAACCACUUAGACGCACAUAUUUAUACACCACCUUACUUGUUUGAGUCUGAUGGUGUCACGCCGGCAACACGUCCCAUCAUCAGCCAUGUCGCCAACCCAAUCUUGAAAGUCGGUCAAACAAUCAACGUGACGCUUUCGAAGCCGGUUGAGUCAAAUCAAAAGCUCACUUUUUCGAUGGUCCGCAUGGCUAGUUCGACGCACACCGUCAAUACUGAUCAACGCCGGGUGAACGUUUCUCCACAAGCUGCCACAUCAACCUUAUUCACCCUUGGUUUACCGCGCGAUCCUGGUGUGCUGUUGCCUGGUUAUUGGCAUUUGUUUGCCAUGCUUAACGGCGUUCCUAGCGAGGCUGAGACAAUUCUUGUUGAACCUCCUCUGGCAUAAGCACCCAGGUAGAUGUGGCUGAGCUUGUUAGACACUUUUUUGAUAUAUUGGAUUUGAUUUUGCCAUUAUGCCCGCGAAGCAGAAUGAUUCACGACAGAAGGAAGUUUCAUGUAUCAGUUUCAUAUCACUAUUUGUCU